CUUUUCUCAAUACCAGAUAAAAUUUGAUUUCCACAUGUUAUGUGCAAUUAUAUGGACUCAAUCCAAUAAAAAAGAUAAACCUAACCCAUUUUUCAAUGACUAACGAAAAGCGGGACUAUAACUGAAAGACAAAGUUUCUGAGCUUAGGACCAAAUCCCAAAUAGAAGAAAGAAUUUGAAAAGUUGAUGAGAUGAUGCAAUGUGAAACUUCAUUUUGGGUUCUCAAACCCUUUAAGCUUCUUAAACGACAUUCGUUUUGGUUUCGCACGCUUUGGCAAUCUGAAUCUCGAAGUCUCACAGAUUCGGACAUUUCAGCACGUGUGAUAGACGACAAGAACCUUCUCGCUCCGAGUCGCAACUCGAAAUGCGGUCUUCACGUUCUGGACCUCAUCGAGUGCGGUUCGCUGGAACCGGACCGAAGCUUCUACAACGCGCUGCUAAAGAGGUGCACGCAGUUGGGGAAGCUGAGAGAAGGAAAGUUAGUGCAUUGCCACGUUCUCAAUUCCCACUUCAGAAAUGACCUCGUUAUUUGCAACUCGCUUCUCUUCAUGUACGCCAGCUGUGGCAGUUUCCAAGAUGCACGCCGCAUGUUCGACGAAAUGCCGCGCAAGGAUAUGGUCACUUGGACCUCCAUGAUCACUGCCUAUGCUCAGAAUGACCUCGCCGAUGACGCGCUCGUGCUGUUUCCUCUGAUGCUUCGUGAUGGGGCCAGGCCCAAUGAGUUCACUUUGUCCAGUUUGGUCAAGAGUUGUGGGUUUAUGGGAAGCUAUAACGAUGGGAGGCAGAUUCAUGGUUGUAGUUGGAAGUAUGGGUGUGAGUCUAAUGUGUUUGUGGGGAGUUCCCUUGUGGAUAUGUAUGCCAGGUGUGGCUACUUAGGGGAGGCAAGGUUGGUUUUUGAUGAGUUGGGGUGUAAGAAUGAGGUUUCUUGGAAUGCUUUGAUUGCUGGGUAUGCUAGGAAGGGUAAAGGAGAGGAGGCUUUGGCUCUCUUUGUGAGGAUGCAAAGGGAAGGUUAUAGGCCGACAGAGUUCACGUAUUCGGCGCUUUUUUGUGCUUGUUCAAGUAUGGGGUGUUUGGAGCAAGGAAAAUGGCUUCAUGCCCAUUUGAUGAAAUCGGCUAGGAAGUUGGUUGGUUAUGUGGGGAACACGCUGCUUCACAUGUAUGCUAAGUCGGGUAGCAUUCGGGAUGCGAAGAAGGUUUUUGACAAGUUGGUGAAGGUUGAUGUUGUUUCUUGCAAUUCAAUGCUGAUAGGGUAUGCACAGCAUGGGCUUGGAAGGGAAGCUGUGCAGCAAUUUGAAGAAAUGAUAAGGGUUGGGAUUGAACCUAAUGAUAUAACAUUUCUUGCUGUUCUUACUGCUUGUAGCCAUGCUAGGCUUUUGGAUGAGGGUAGACAUUAUUUUGGGUUGAUGAGAAAGUAUAAUAUUGAACCAAAAGUCUCACAUUAUGCUACGAUUGUUGAUCUUCUUGGUCGAGCUGGUCUUCUUGAUCAAGCAAAGCGUUUCAUAGAAGAAAUGCCUAUUGAGCCUAAUGUAGCUAGCUGGGGUGCUUUGCUUGGUGCUUCUAAGAUGCAUAAAAAUACGGAAAUGGGUGCUUAUGCUGCUCAGCGCGUUUUUGAGCUUGAUCCUUCUUAUCCAGGGACGCAUACAUUGCUUGCAAAUAUUUAUGCCUCUGCUGGGAGGUGGGAGGAUGCUGCAAAAGUCAGAAAGAUAAUGAAAGAAAGUGGAUUGAAGAAGGAGCCAGCAUGUAGUUGGGUUGAGAUCGAAAAUUCUGUCCACGUGUUUGUGGCAAAUGACAUUGCUCAUCCACAGAAAGAUAAGAUCCAUAAAAUGUGGGAGAAGCUAAAUCAGAAAAUUAAGGAGAUUGGUUAUGUUCCUGACACUAGUCAUGUUCUUUUGUUCGUAGAUCAACAAGAGAAGGAAUUAAAUUUGCAGUAUCAUAGUGAGAAGCUGGCUCUUGCAUUUGCCCUUUUGAAUACUCCUUCUGGAUCCGCUAUACGCAUUAUGAAGAAUAUUAGGGUUUGCGGUGAUUGCCACUCAGCAAUAAAAUAUGUGUCAUUGGUGGUGAAGAGGGAAAUCAUAGUGAGAGACACCAAUCGGUUUCAUCACUUUCGUGAUGGCUUAUGCUCGUGUGGGGACUACUGGUAGCUAAUUAUUAUCAAUAUCACCUAAUCACAGGUAUCAUGGGAUACAUUUAAGUUUUGUUUUUCUUCUUUUUUUUCCAAAUUUAUCACCCAACCACGCUGCUUCUGGUUCAGACGUUCAGUUGAUUUUGCAAAUUCCCUUCUUAUUAUGGUGUGUGAUAGUCUUCAAUUGCAUGAAGGUUGUGUCUAAAAGGUUAAAGGAAAUGCAAGUUUUGACCGUGUCUAUGUUUAUAAUUCAUUUGAAACAUAAAUGUAUGGGCUAGUGAGACAUACCUGACUUCUUUUAGGUAGAAGAUGAGGCUGUAACAUGUAUUUUUAAUUAAUUUUUGGAGAUACAUUUAAAAUUCUUAUUU